AGUACAACUGUCGUCUGAAGCUAUUUGAAACGGGGCCUCGAAUUUAAAGAGGGAAAGAAGAAAAUGGACCAUCUCCCAGAACACCUGGAGUGUGAUCCAAGCCUGGAGACAAAAUGACGGAUUCCAGCUAGAAGACGCUAAAACUAGCAAUGGAGCCAUUAUAUGAGGAAUACCUAGCAAAUCGUGGAACCAUAGUAAAACCUUAUUACUGGCUAAGCUUCUCUCUAGAUUGCUCUAAUUGUCCUUACCAUAUUCGGACAGGCGAAGAAGCAAGAGUUUCCUACACAGAAUUUUACCAGAUUUUUGGAUUCCCUUAUGGACCAACCUAUCCUCAAACAAAACACCUCACAUUUUAUGAACUGAAAACUUCUACUGGAAGCCUGGUGCAAAAGGGCCACGCGAGCAGUUGCACUUCGAAUAAUACCCAUCCAGAAUCAAUGCUGUUUGAGACGAAUGGUUAUUUUGACUGGGCCAUAUACCACAACGACAGCAUCCGGCACAUCAUUCUGUAUUCCACCCACUCCCCUUGUAAUGAAGCUGACCACUGCUGCAUCAGCAAGAUGUACAGUUUCCUGACAACGUACCCAGAUGUCACUCUUAGUAUCUACUUCUCUCAGCUCUAUCACACUGACCCUGAUUUUCCUGCCUCGGCCUGGAACCGUGAAGCUCUCCGGAGCCUAGCUAGUCUCUGGCCCAAGGUCACUUUGAGCCCAAUAAGUGGUGGGAUCUGGCAUUUUCUCCUCAACAACUUUGUGAGCGGUGUCUUGGGAUCAACUGUUUCCCAACCCAUUUUGACUGGGAGAGCACUGGCGGACAGGCACAAUGCGUAUGAAAUCAAUGCCAUCACAGGGGUGAAACCUUACUUCACUGAUGUUCUCCCCCAGACAAAAGAGGAUCCGAAUGUAACAGCUCGGGCGGCUUUAGAAAGCUACCCUUUCAUCAAUGCCUUUCCCGGACAGUCUCCUCAAGUGACAAGUGGACAAUCACAAGCCAAUCUGACACCAGACCUCAGGGUUCCUGUCGUGUUUGUGCUGGUGCCCUUCCGAGACCUACCACCAAUCCAUGUGGGUCAAAGCCCGUAUAAACCCAGGAAUGUUGUAAGGCAUUUAAACAUGCCUCUGAUGUCAUCCCAGGAAACCAAGGACCUCAGAAGGCCUCCCAUGGCAAUGCCAGUGGAGACAAUGGCAAUCACAGAACAGUCUGGAAGUAGCAGCAAGGCAGAUGAAAAGAAGAAGAAAAAGAAAGGGAAGAAAUAAAACCAACAUUCCUGCAAACAACUACCGAAGACUUAGAAGAUAGCCAACAAGAAUCUGGAAACCUUCUCUCUUGGGUAUGAUACACUAUAGGCAAAACCUGAAUUAUUUACCAGCUUAACUAUUAUAAAGCUACACUAUUUUAAACAUAAUUCAAAAUGUUUCUAUAAGCAACUUAUUAUCUUUCCUUUAUUUUGAAAAUGACAGUACCCAAGUGGAGCCAUUAGUACCUCGCUAAUAUUUUGGUGUAAACAAGAAAAUGUCAUUAUUCCGGUCUACCCAUAUCACCUUGCCACUGAAAAUGCCUAUGGACCAAACAGCUUCCUAAAUUGGUUUCAGUACUAAAAUUUACUAUAAAGUUGGAAAACAGCCUGAAGUUACACUCAGUACUGUUUGCAAAAGCAAACCAGUGAUUUUCCAUUACUUGUUCGUUGUGGACAGAAGAUUUUAGGCAGCUUUUUUUGUUUUUUUCUGAAGUGGUUCAAAAUACUUGUGUGUGGGGGAAAAGCUCUUUUGCUAAUUGAUUAGCUAUAGCUACAAAAAUUGAUUUUUGAAAUGUAGCCACGUGCUGGGUUUGAUCUUUCCCAGCUCAGACCUAUGCCUCCUGAGUGGAUGAUAGAGGCAGGUGACACCUGAGACUCUCCAAGGUUCCUUCCCUCACAUACCAUGUAAUAUCCAAGCCCCUCUCACUGGUUUUCAAGGCUACUCCUCUACCAUCCUGUUGCCCUGUCUCAUCAGCAAGAUUGUAAAUUCCUAUAGGUCAAGCGCUGUCUCUUUCACUUAUUUAGUUUCCCUUUAGGAUCUAGCACCAUAUCCAGGCAAAAUAUGGGCAGCAAGGCUGUGAAUCCACAUCUCAGAACUUUACCAAUCCCUGCUCCCCAACAUUUCUUCUCCAUUCCAGCCAAGUGGCCACUUAACUCUCCUGCAAUAGACAUAUCUUUUUGUUGUUGUUAGCAUCCAUUCCUCCUUCUUCUGACAUAGCUCCCCAGUGCAUAAUUGGUUCUAGUUCUCUUUUUUUCUGACCACUUCUUUUUCACCAGUGCAUAUCUAUACCUUGUCUUAAACUCUUGUUCAAAACACAAUUCUAGGAGUGCUCUUUAACCCUCUGAGCAUGUGCAUUAAAUCACAUUUGCUGCCUCACUUACCUCUUAAAAAAAAAGAAAAAUGUUUAAAAUAGGAAUGUCUGUUAUGAUUAAAAUAAAUAAAAAUUUUAAAAGAAA